UUCUAUUUUUCCCUACGCUGUUGCACCAAUGUGUACAGUGUAUAUCUGCCGAUAUGUCUCAUACCUGUGUGAGGUUUAUUCUUCACUAACACAUAAUUCCUGCAAAAGUAUUAAACCCGUCUUUAUUUACCCAUGGUGCCUUGCCCUCUAAUAGCCACUGGUGAUGCUGGGCUCCACGCUCUCUCUCCACUUAUCUAGAACUUUAAUGCAAAUGUUUCAGAAACGUCUUGCCAUUCAUUUGCAUUUAAACAAAUGAUAAAGGUCACUUCAAAAACUGCUGUGCCAUCCACAGGUGUAAAAGUCCUGUGGAGAGGAAUGCUUCCUGACAAUGUUAUGAUGUGCAUUCUCCGUCCUACUCAUCCAUACUUACGGGUACAGACAGCAUUUUCACAAGGCACCCUGAAACUUUUGGCACCAUGGAAACCGAGUACUCCAGGCGAGUUUACCAGGGGGUAAGGGUGAAGCACACAGUCAAAGACCUACUGGCUGAGAAACGAUCACGACAGACGAGUGGACCACGCUACAAUGGAGCAGGUUCUCAGCAGUCAUUUGUUCCAAUGCAAGGCCCCCAUAUGCUCCCCAGUUACUACAGCAUGAGGAGGUCUUUCAUCUCUGACAGCGAGUUUCCCCCCUCGGGCAAACAGUUCUCCACAGACAUCUAUACCUCAUCGCUAGGGGGCAAACCUCUCUCCUGUGACACCACGGCCAUGUCCGGCUACCCUUUCAUUGAUGGUUACUAUCCGGAGUCGUUUGGAGACUACCGCAAUACUGCCCUGACCACUGGGGGGAGCACUAUGUUCACCCCUUCUGCAUUGUCCUCUCUACUGCCACCCUUUGGCACAGAACCCUCCCAGCUACUAAUGAGGGAGUCAUGGGAGCCGGCUGGAUCUGAAGCAGUGGCUCAGGUGGACGCUUUGUCUGGCGAGGGUUUGCCACCGGAGACCAUGCCCACCUCCCUAACCGGCACAGAGUCAGGAAGCUCCUCACAGUGUCCGUCUCCGCCACGCGGCGCCAGCAUGCCACCCCCCCAACCAUAUCCCCUAUACCCUUUGGACGAGGCCCACUACCCAGGCCUCUACCAGCCUCCCUCCAGCUUUCCCUGUGCUCCCUAUAUGACUGCAUCCAGUGACUAUGCCACCAAAAUGGUCCCACUGUCGACCGAGGAGUCCGAGAACGCUCCGCCAACGCUCAGUGACAACUCCCCGUGGGCGAAGAGCGAUGUAAAUAGCACUUGGUCUCCCUAUGAGCUCCGCAGAACCUUCUGAGACACUCAGGAACAGGACCUGGAGGCCACCUAGACAUGCAAGACCACCAACAAUCUGGCAUCAGCUGAUCACUCUUUCCUUAUUGUUUCUUGAAUGCAUCAGUCAUUACAUGACAUUACACUGAUAAGUCACUGCAUAUAUUCUAGAAUCAUUUAGACAGGAAGUGGAUGAGUACUUUCAAAAUUCAACUUGGCUGGCCUUAGAAUGAUUCAUCUGGCUAGAUACUUUGUAAAAAUGUUUCUUUAGCAGCUUUAUAUCAGGUCUAUUUCAGGUCACCUUACAUUUACCUUGAAUUAGUAGUCUUUACUAUUUACAAAUGAACAGGAUUAUUUGAACAUUUUAAUGUAGUUGUAAUGUAAGACAGAAUGAACUGCUGAUAACUUCAGUACAAUGUAAAUACAUGCUCUGCUUGGAGCCCUUACUGACUAUCUCUACUGUAAGAGACAUUUUUUGGAAAGAAAUAUGGAGAGAUAUUCAUAGUGGAACAACAGUUUGAUACUCAGUAAAUAAUAAUAAUAACAAACAGCAAUAAUAAUAAUGUAGCUUCCUCUUUUGUAUUGUGUGUUGUAAUGUUGUUUAUGGUGUUUAAUUAUUUGAUGCUUGAUGGCAUUUGUGUGCGGUAACAGCGUUUAAUAAACAUCUCCAG